GUAGUAGUGGUCUGUCCAGUGGAGCGAGGCGACGGGCGACCUUGGCGGGCUCCAGUCGCGUGUGAGAACCCAGCGGGGCUGACCAGGCUGCUUGUUUGUUGUUCGUCCUGCCUCUCGCGUGGCCGGCUCGCCGGAGGAUCUCGGGGGCGGCAUGUCCUCGUCCUGACAGCCGCGCGUCGCACGAAGACGUCGCCAUGAGCACCAAGGUGGUGAGAAUACUCUCACUCGCAGCGUUAUUGGCAACGUGUGUUGAAAACAAAGAAAAAACACAAAUCAAGCUGAAACAGCUGAGUCCUUAUCUUCAGCCGCCACCAUUGGCGAAAACUCCAAGUAACUCGGCUACGACUAAGUUGGGAGCUGUGAAAUUACGCUUGUCUUCAGCUGGGAAAGUUAAAAGUCAAAUAUCAGCUGAAGAUUCAAGCGUGCAAAGGGUUCCUAGGUGGAAUUUCGGCAAAGAAGCCACUACAGAUACAUUUUCAGUUCCAAAAGACCGGAAGAACCAUGGUUCAUCUCGACCGUCGGGAACCAGGACGAAACUGUUUCCCUUGAAUUCGAGUCAGAGGCAAGAGACAGCUGGUUCUUCGAAAAGGCAGAGAGCUAUACUGCAGUAUCCACCAAACCAACAGUUCCUUUCACAAAGUUCGCACGGUCAUAAAUCAUCAAAGGACUGCAAUCCCUGCAACAAAGUUCCAUGGAUUCCUUUGCUCGAACACCAUGCUUCCCAAAUAGAUACCUCUGUUUCAGACUCUGUCGGCCAUUACAGCCAUCACAGAGACCUGCCCAUUUCCCCUCUAGGAAUACCAAGCAGUCUGAUUGGUCCUGGAAGAUUUAAAGACUCCUCGCUGAAUUUUCCCGAUAAUUCUGAUAGGUUAAAAUUCAACAAACCUAAGGAUGGUGUCACAUAUCUUCCUCCAGCUCUACAAACACCUAUACCAUGGCCACAAUCAAGCAGUUACGUGACACCCUACAGCUCGUCGAUACCAAAAAAAGUUUAUACUAGACUGGUUCAUCCUGAAAGGACGCCGACUGGCCCUCCCAACCAGAAUGUUCCUCAGUAUAAUAAUCCUGGACCAAUGUAUAGGUAUUUAGUUCCUCCUCCAAUUGCAUCACAAUUCCCAGGAGAGAAUAAAUAUUUACCUUCACUGUCCUCUUCGCUAACAUCUUCAAAAACAGAAACUUUUUAUGGUCUUCCUUUUUUCAUCCCUCAAAGAUCAAACACAACUCGCCAACACGAGAAGAUUGUUGAGCCAACUCUAUCUCCAUUAUCUGUGCAGCAGGCGAUACCAUUUACUAGUCCUCAAGGACCCCCACAUUAUGUUAAUGUAAAUGCAAAGUUACAACCUGAACAAAUUUAUUUCAAGAAUCGAUCAGCUCAUAGUCUCAGGACUCAGUUUUAUGAACCAGCCAACUUCUUUCCAGUUCCUCCCUUGCAUGAAGCACAUACGUUUUCUCAUGGUGAUUAUAAUGUAUCUUUGCCCGAAAAUUUGGUACCUCCAGAAAUUUCUGUUGGAAAUGUUGCAUUUUCAGCAGAGCAGCAGGAAAAUGUCCAUCAACAUCAAAUCUCGCACAGUUCUCAUGGUACUGACAAUGAUUUAAAACUACUGGAUGUAAGAGGCUCUGUUUUUGAUGUAGUUCCUUCUAUACCUGUCUCAGAAGAUUUUGAAGUUACACAUUUCAACGAAAAUUUGAGUCAGACUACGAUCACUGAGCCAAGUUUUAGUGGAUUGCACCCAUCAGAAGACCAAGUGAUUUCACCUUCACAGAACAAUCAAAACUCUAAUACGAAUUUCUUCAACACUCAAGAACAGUACAAUACCCCAGUUGGAAGCCAGUACCACUCAAACACUCCAUCUCAAACAGAUUCAAAUUUAGAGGUGAUUAAAAGUGUACAAGUUGCUAAUUAUAUUUCAUCCAUAGAAUAUCCUUUACAGUUUGUACAUUCACCAUAUAUAGACAUAAAUACCACAUCAUCAAUUGAAAGUCUCCGAAACACAAGCUUUCAUGAAACAAAGGAAUUGCAUCAAACUCCUCAACCAGAAAAUGCAUCGCACAUAAACUUUAAUCCAGAUACAUCUGAUAUUAUUGUAGGAAAGCCGAUCACUCUUGAAAGUAGUGCUUAUGAUAUAUUUAACACAACAAGUGGCGAGUAUCAAAAUAGCAUACCUAAUUUUGAACAACAAAAAUUCGAAAACAGUGACAACUAUAACAUACAUCAAAACUACAGUUCCUUCGAUGCUAGUGACUACAAUUUGAGACAAAAUCUCUCGAGUUAUUUGAGUGAAAAUUCAAACGAAUUUGCAGGAGGAUCUGAAGACUAUUCUUUUGUAUGGAAUAAUACAAGUAAGGAUUUUCAUCAUAAUUUCAAGUCACAUAUAAACAACAGUGAAGAAGCAAAUGUUCGUUUAACAGUUGAGAAUAACAAUGUAUGGUAUAACUCUCAGUAUGAAGCUACAACACAGAAAUACACAGAUACAUUAAAAGAAGAAAGUCAUACCGUCACCAGUCAGCAAGCAGCGUACUUUAAUCCUUUGUCUACUGCAUCACCCCAACAGAAGGUUACAGUGUACAUUCAACCAUCAAUACAAACUACUGCCUUGCAUGAUGCCUCAUUGGUGCGUCAGAUAAAUAACCUGGACCAACAGCACCAUCAUUCCUUUGCUCACGAUCAGAUUCUCUCAUCUUAUCGUCAUGAAUCACCCCACAGUGUUAUUAAAAAUCCUAAGGGGGCAUUUACCAUUCAACAGCAAGGUCCACCCCCUGCACCUUUCAGGAACAUGUUCAGUGACAUUGAGAAUAUGUAUCCCCCGCCAUUUAAUUACAUCGGUGUAAUCAAGCGUCCCUUGCAUCUUCAAACAAACUCUGCUUCUGUUCAUAAUCCUUUCAUUAACAAUUUACCACAAAAUUUCUUUAAUACAGCUCAAAAUGAAGGUCACAUUUUCAACCAAUAUCCCCAACCAGGCCAAGAUGAGUACGUUAAAUGGACAACUUCCCCAGGAUCGACCAGUGCUCCAAUACCAACCAGACCACCGAUUGUUCCAGCAUGGAAAAAACCUACUACAUCUAUGCCACCACAAGAUUCGGUUCAUGGCCAAAGUAUCCAUACCAUCAAUAGCGCAGGGCUUUUACCACCACCCAUGCCGCAUCAUAUACGCACAAAUGUUCCAACCAAGAACACAAAACAAAUACAGAUUAUUGUACCUUACACAUCUGGUAAAGACUCACUCCCAUUCCUGCCACAAAGAGGUAGGCCUUUAGACAUAGAAACUACAGGCUGGCAUCCUAUGACUGGAUCGCAAAAAGGUGAAAGUGUCGCAAAGAAUUGCAGCAACAGUAACAUAAGACAAAUAUCAGAAUGUAAUACAGGUACAAACUUGAACCAGUGGUGGCAGCAACAAGAAGACUACCACCAGCACCAGGAAUCUAGAACAGUAACCGCAACAGCCUCUGCAACAAGCAACCCUUUCCAGGCUACUUUAACAAAUUUAAAUUCCUUGAUCCGAGAGGGUAGUAACAAACAAAAGCCAUUCACAGUUACACAGCAGCACAUUCUUGCAAGCAAUAUUCAAGACUUACUUCGCGGCGAGCAAGAAAAUAUUACAAUUCCAGAUAGCAUUGACCUCAAACAGCUUCAGAAGUACAUUGAUGAUUGGACAGCUUCCGAGUAUUCAAGUUUUAAUGCUUCAGUUAACACAAGCAAAGCUAACGAAGUUCAGUCUGGUGUUACACCAGAAUCACAUAACAGUAUUGUAUCGCACCAAUUGAUACCAUCUAAAAAAAUUCCAGCAGAAUAUUUGACGACUCCUCCGUCCAUAUUUGAUGACUUUAUGUAA